AUGUUUGGAGCCAUCAGAGCUACUCAAAGAAACAGAGUUACCAACUCUUUGUUCAGCUCAACUUUUGCCAUCUGCUGCUUGAUGGUAGCUGGAAAUUCGCUUGUUCCAUGCCCUGUUGACUGCGUUCACGGCAACGACUCUAUCAUUGACGAAAGAUAUAGACAGAAAUUGCCUGAAAAAGCUGUUGGUGACCAGAAAUAG